AUGGGCUCUCUUGGACUCUUGUGUCUUCUCCUUCUCGUCCGCCUGCAUCCGGGAGCAGGAAUACAUAAGCCGCGUGUUGUCGAGUUUAAGGUUAAGGAAGAAUCACCUCCAAUGACUCGCCUCGCUACGGUGACCGGUCUGCUUCCAAGCCUCGGCUCCUCCUCGUCCUUCAUCAUGUCUCAAGAGGAUUCCUACUUUCGUGUCGAGCCCAACGGAAAUAUUCUGCUGACCAGGCGAUUAGAUCUGGAGUCUCUUUGUGUAAAUGAGAGCUUGUGCUGCGAGGCUUCACUCGAAUGCAUCGUCGAGGUCACCGCGAUACAGGAGGAUAUAGGCACGGACGGGGAAGUGAUCCUGUUGAGGGGCACUGUAGUGGAUAUCAACGAUCACGUGCCCGUCUUCUCAGCCGACUCGUACAGCGUAUUCCCGGACGGCACAAAAGGACAGCUUGUGCAAAUACCGGAAAAUGCCCAAGUGAGGCAUCUACUGGAUCUUAUUCCUGCUCAAGACGAUGACGUCUCUCGGGUCAAUCAGAUAACUACCUACAAACUGAUAGGUGAUGAGAUUCGCAGCAUGUUCGACCUGGAUGUGACUAAACUUCCCGAUGUCAGACUGCGUCUUUCCUCUCCCCUCGACUAUGAGGCGGUCAAAAGUUAUUCCGGCCUUCUGGAAGCCUGUGACAAGUCGAAUUGCUCCAGCCAGCCUCUGCUGGUCAAAGUGCUGGAUGAAAAUGAUAAUAAGCCCAAAUUCCAACAGCCUGCCGUCUACAACGUCAGCAUUCCUGAGGACCUUGCUCGUGGCAGCCUCGUCAUAGCCCUGAACGCCACGGAUGACGAUUCACCGGAACAUUCUAAAAUGUACUUCAGCUUCUACGGCAGUGCGGAUUCGAAGCUGAAGCAACAUUUUCGUCUUGAUCAUUCGACCGGGCGAAUUAUUUUGAUGCACGACCUGGCGGCCAACGUCCGUCAGAAUUACACUUUCCAGGUUUCCGUAUCUGAGUCCCCUGGGGACGUGGAUCCGGGUGCAGUUGCGCAGGUUUCCAUUCAUGUCAUAGACGUAAACAACCACAGGCCCGACAUCCGCUUACUGAAUACGCCGGCCUCAGCUGACGGGGUUGGCAUCAUACGAAUUCGCGAAAACGAGCCCGCUCGACGACUCACCUUCGUCAAGGUGAUCGAUUCCGAUCUGGGUCGAAAUCGCUUGGUCACCUGCGACCUUUAUGAGCCAGAGAAUGGUUUAGAAAAGUAUCGCCCGGGUUUUGCUCUCAAGCCCAGCUCGGAAGGGAUUUAUUUGCUCUAUUCUACGAGGGAAUUCGAUGCUGAGACGCAACCUGCACUUCGUGUCGUCAUCACUUGUCGUGAUGCUGGAGACCCUCCGCUCUCAUCCGAGAUGCCCGUCAAUAUUUUUGUGGAGGAUGAGAAUGAAUUCGACCCCGAGUUCGAGCAGGCUACUUACGUCGCUGGAGUUCGUGAAAAUGCUCCGUCCAGGAUUCCCGUUCUUCAGGUGAGUCACUUCUCCCCACUCAACUAA